GUAAAAUGUUACCAUUAGGGUGAGGUUAUAGGGAUUGUUCUGUACCUGUUUUGGAAAUUUUCUGCGGGUUUAAAAUUAUUUCAAAAUAAAAAGUUUUUAAAAGCUCUAAGAUAUUUUUACAAAGGGGAAAAAUAGAAGUUUAGAGAUGUUGAGCCACCACACAUAAGAAAAUAUGACAGGUGUCAAGCCCAGGUCUGUUGGAAUCCACAGCCUAGGCCCUUAACCACUGCCUACAUGCUGGUCAGAUGGUAGUCCACGUCUCCUUAAACCCAUCGGCCCUGCUUAAGUCUGCAAUUACAUGGAAAACUGGAAUCAUCUACACUCACACAGCCUCAUACCUACACUAACAUGACUUUACUAUUCGAUAGUCUUCCCUAAAUAUGACCCCACUAUUCAACUUCUUUAGUAACAUAACUUUACUAUUCUAGGAAAUUCUUGCCCUGGAAGACAAAAGUUGCAAAUAAUUAUAUUUGUUUCAAGAACUUGCCCCUCAGUCCAUUAAUGGGAACAUCAAACUCUUCAGCUUUCAAUGGAUAGGACUAGAGUUUUUGAAAUCUUCAACUCAAAACCUUCACCUUGCUGUGUCCCUCAGUCCUAAACUAUUGCAUCAUGAUCCUUGCCCAAUCCUUAUUCUGCUUUGAAAGAUCUGCUUUAAACCCCCAAAACCUCAUAAAUAUCCUGACUUUGCCUUCUUCCCUGGGAGAUUCUAGUAAGACUCUGUCCAAGUAGUGCUCUCUAGUGCUCAUAAGAAUAAACUUGGCUUGGCCUUAUCAACUGAUACUUGGUGUUAUUUGGAGGAAGCAAGCAUCCAACAAUAUUCCCGUUAUUGUCCAAAAUGCUGUCUCUGGUCAAACAUCCCUUCUCCUACUUGGAAAAACGUUUCAAUUGCCUUACAUUUAAAAAAAAAAAUUCUUCAUUGAAUUCUCUUUAAUUUGGGUUGAGCCUCCUUUUUCUUCUAGAACAGAAAGAUUAGACUUAGUGUAUGAGCUCAAAUAUUGAAUUCGCUUGAUAUGUAUGUAUACAUAUAUAUAUAUUUUUAAACUGUGGUUUCUGUAACCUUAGGUGUACACCCUAAAAGGUAACGCUCAUAGCAGCAGUCCUCUUCUUGGCCCACUGGAGUGGGAAUGGCUGCUGUUUUCCUUCCAAAAGUUCCUGAAGAGCCAAAGGAGCUCUUCAUAGUAAGUAAUAAAAAGGGGACUGCCAGGGGUCAGCGAUUUGGCCCAAAAGGGAGCAGUUGAAACAACCAGGAGUUAUUCUGCCAAUGCUUCUGACAGUUCUGCUACAAGGAGAUCCCUGGGCCCCGUGAGGACUUGGGCCAGCUCUGGGUGUUCUGCUGUGUAUGGUUAAAGCCUGAGAUACACACCAAGGAGCAGAUGUUAGACUUGCUGGUGCUGGAGCACUUCCUGACCAUCCUGCCCAGGGAGCUCCAGGCCUGGGUACAGGAGCAUCAUCCAGAGAGCAGGGAGGAGGCGGUGGCCGUGCUGGAAGAUCUGGAGAGGCAGUUGGAUGAACCAGGCCAGCAGGUAGGAAAAGGCCCUCUGUUCAGUGAGGGGAGAGUUGGGAGGGGGCCCAUGCUGGUCCUUUAUGGGUUCUCGGGGGAUCAUUUACUCUAUAGGCCCUUCAGAUGCCUAAGUGAGCCUCCUUGUCCUCAGGUUUCAACCCAGGCCUGUGCACAGGAAGUGCUUUCUGAGACAUCAGUACCUCUGGAUCCACCUAAGGAAGCAACAUAUCUCCAGCCUCAACCCACGGAGAUCCAGCUGAAGGGUGAAUCUCAGGACCCUCAACACCAACAGGAUUGUGAGUAUGUGACCAGAAUUGACAAAGAAUUGAUUCAAAAGCAGGAGCUUGCUGUAGCUAUGAAAUCCCAAGAAAAGUUAUCUCACCAAAUCAAUGAAGAGGUUCCUGAAUGUGGAGAAAUCCAAGAAUAUGAAAGAUAGACAGAAAGAUAUCACAGAAACACUUCAACUAAG